AUGGAUCAAAAGACAAACAGUCUUCAGAAAAAGCGGUCAUCAUUGUUUUCUACAGAGAAACCAGUUAAUCCUCUUAUAAGAGCAUAUUUACUUAUUUAUAAUGGAGCAUUAGCUGUCGGAUGGACAGUAAUAUUGUAUGAAACGUUAAAAAAUGUAUUAACUUAUCGUUCGUUAAAAGAUUUAAGAGAAUGUUAUGGAUUAUGGAAAUCAGUCGAAGUACCGUUAAAAAUUUAUCAAACAGCAGCAUUCAUGGAAGUUUUACAUGCUGCACUUGGUUUAGUCAGAUCGAAUGCAAUGAUUGUAUUUAUUCAAAUAAUAUCACGUGUAUUUUUGGUAUGGGGCGUCGUUAAUUAUAUUUCAUACGCUCAAUUGACACCCGGUCUAUUGAUAGCUGUAACAUGUUGGUCUAUAACAGAAAUCAUCCGUUAUUCAUAUUAUGCUUUAAAUUUGUUUAAUUCAUCUCCAUCAUGGUUAACAUAUUGUAGAUACACAUUUUUUAUUGUAUUAUAUCCACUCGGCGUAGUAGGUGAAUUGUGGACAAUUUCAAAAGGAAUGUCGUCCAUCUAUUCUCAACCACAUCGAAAUCAUUAUUCUAUAUUAUUACCAAAUAAAUAUAAUUUUGGACUAGAUUAUUUUUACCUUCUGUGUAUUGUCGUUUCAGCCUAUAUUUUUAAUUUAAUUGGUUAA